UCUAAUUCUCUAUUCCCUAUAUACAAAUGUCUUUGCUUUCACCUCCUUUUCCAAUCUCAAUUCCCUAUUAUACAACUCUUCAUCUUAUUAAUCCUCAAAAUUCUACAACUUUCCCUUUCCACAAAAACCUUAAACUCUCCAUAUGUGCAUCUGCAGUUCCUAUUCACCGGAACUCUCCGGUAUCCGGUGAAGUUAUUCGUCAAAUUGCUGCUUCAACUGUUGUUUUUCUUAGUUUGGGUUCGACCCUUUUUCCCUUUCGGGCUGUUGCUUCGACCCGUUUUCCUACUCGGGUCGACCCGUGUGUAACUCAGGUUCAGGACCAAGAAUCUCAAGGCACUGGAGUUGGAAAAUCAGAAAAUGGGGAAGAUAUUGAUGAUGAAGAACUUCAAGCAGCAUUUGAGAAAUGGAAGUCUAAGACAUAUGCUUUGACAGUACCUCUAAGAGUUGUUUCUCUUAGUAACUCUUUUCCUCCUGUAUGGCUCAAGGAUUUCUUGCGUUCUCAAGGGAAGAGAGUAAAAUUACGUUCUGAGUUUCGUCAAAGCCUACAAGACAUCUUUCACGAACUUUGUACGCCUUUACAGAAAGGAAAAGUUAAUCCUAAAUCUGCUUUGGCAGCUGAUGUUGUCACUCUUGGUGAUACGUGGCUCAGUUAUGCCAUUGAGAAGAGGUUAAUUGAGCCGAUGGACGGCUUAGAAGAUCAAGAUUGGUUUCAGAAUUUAAGUGAGAAAUGGAAGGUAUAUUUGCGCAGGAGUGAUGAAGGGAAAUUGGAUUCUAGUGGUAGGAUAUGGGCAGCUCCAUAUAGAUGGGGAAGCAUAGUGAUAGCUUACAGGAAAAGUGAAUUUCAAAAGCGUAAAAUGGCUCCGAUAGAGGACUGGGCCGAUCUUUGGCGACCUGAGCUUGCUGGAAAAAUUUCAAUGGUUGAUUCUCCACGAGAGAUUGUCGGUGCAGUGUUAAAGUACAUGGGGGCAUCAUACAACACAAUGGACAUGUCUGAAGUCGCUGGUGGGAGAGAGGCUGUGCAGCAGAAUCUUGCAUCACUUGUUAAACAGGUCCGGCUAUUUGAUAGUCGCCACUAUCUUAAAGCCUUUGGAAUCGGAGUUGGAGAUGUAUGGGUAGUUGUUGGAUGGAGCAAUGAUGUUAUUCCUGCUGCGAAGCGGAUGUCAAAUAUUGCCGUCAUUGUUCCCAAAUCUGGUGCAAGUCUGUGGGCUGAUUGCUGGGCAAUACCUGCUGCUUCAAGAAUUUCAACUGAUCAAAUUGGAGGAAGAGUUAGAGGACCAUCACCGCUAGUUCAUCAGUGGAUAGAAUUCUGCUUGCAAGAUGAAAGGUUCAAAGACGAUGUUGUCCCAGGUGCUUCACCUAACGCCCUUGAACGGGCCCCGGUUAAGGUCUCCAGAGAGCUUACAAAGGGUAGACCAAAACUUGAGACAAACCUCAUUGCUGGAGUCCCUCCAGCUGAUAUCUUGGCUAAAUGUGAACUAAUAGAACCAUUGCCAGAAAAGGCAUUGUCCGAAUAUCAGUGGCUAAUAAAUAGUGUACAGAAGCCGGAGAGUUCUCUGGUGGAAAGCCUAAGGAGUCGUAUUUCGUCAUUAGUUCAAAAUUUUCUUCCUAAAAUGCAGUCAAAAGUUGACUGAAAAUUGUUCCAUCUUUUGUAAAGUUUCUGUUGUUGUGUUUAAACAACUUAGUUGAACAUUUGUAAUGGCGCAUGCACUUCCUUUAUGUAUGCAGUUUUUUCCAAUAUUUCAUGUAUUUGCAAUUACAUAAC